UUACCUUUGAGGCUUUGAUUGACAUAAUUCCAUAUUACGCCUAAUGUUACACGACACAAACUGUAUAACUAUAUCGUCAUAUAAGUUUAUCCAGUUGACCAUUGUUAUACACAUUUUCUCUUCGACUUGCAAAAUGUCAUGCUCAAAAAUAUUUUCAGGAGAUUUACCUGAAUUAACAUACGAAGUCAUAAAAUAUUUUAAGACCGAUUUUUCAACUUUACAUUCAUGUAUUCUAGUCAACAGAUUAUGGUGUCGUUUAGCGAUUCCAUUAUUAUGGGAAAAUCCUUUUUCAAUUUCUACCGGAAAUUAUAACUUUAUCGAAAUUUACUUAGAUAAUUUAAACAGUGAUUCAAAAACAAAAUUAAGUGAAUAUAAAAUUAAUGAUUAUUUAUCACCUUCGAAUACACUUUUCAAUUAUUCUAAAUUUAUAAAAUAUUUAAAUACAGUGGAAUUGAUUUUUUCUGUUGAUAAGUGGUCUUUUAAAACUUUGAAAUUCGGAAUCAGCCAUUCUAAUUUUAUCAGAAUGUCACUAUUUAAAAUAUUUAUAGAAAAUGAAAUAGAAUUACAUAACCUUGACAUUGAGAUCUUCAGUUAUUAUAGUUAUCUUGAUAUUCUUGAGUUAAUUUUACAAAAUACAAAUUUCAUUCAGAAUAUUAAAAAUCUAAACUUAUAUAUUAAUAAUCAUAAUGAAGACAUGGUAAUUAAAGAUCAUAUGAUACAAAUAGUUAAUUUACAACAAAAUCUUAAAAAAAUCUUAUUAGAUAAUAGUAAUUUCUCUUUGUAUCAAUCAUUAUUGUUAUCAGGUAAUUCUAAUUGCUCAAAUACUUUAAAUACCAUCAUAUUUUAUUACAUUGAUUUUAAAUAUAUAACCAAUUUAGAUAAAAUCUUUGAUCAAUUAAAUGUUUUAGAAUCUAUUCAUCUUGCUUAUUGUUCUUCCUUAAAUUCUAUUUUUACUCAACAUUCAAUUAGACCAUUUAAAUUAAAAUCUUUAUUUUUAAAAUGGGGACAACAAUAUGAUGAAUCAUUAGAAUUAUUAUUACAAAAAUCUGGUGAUUAUUUAGAGAAUUUUUGUAGAUAUGGUUAUGAUUUUUUAUCUAAACGAUAUUUAUUUGAUAUUAUAGAAUAUUGUAAAAAUAUCAAAUUUCUUGAUUUACAUGAAAUUGAUAACCAGAUCAUUUAUCCAAUAUUAAAUUUAGUUGAAAAUGUAAAACAAAAUCUUAAUUAUCUUUCAAUCAAUAUUAGUAUUGAUAAUAUUAAAUGUAGUUCAAUCAUGUUACAAAAUUUGGGACAAAUCCUUCCUUCUAAAUUAGAAUAUUUAAAUUUGUGCAUUCCCAUCAAAGCAAAUGAUUUUGAAGUAUUUCUAAAAAAUGUUCAAGAUACUUUUAUUAAGAAAUUGGUGAUCAAAAAUUUACAAAAUCAAGAUAUUUUACCCUACAUAAAAAAAUAUUUUAUGAAAAGGCAAAAAAUUAAAUAUUUAUCUAUUAUGACUUAUGAAUGGACGGAUUUGUUUAAUUUGGAAGAUGAAGUGAAGGAAUUUAAGUUACAUGAUAUUAAAGUUCGAAGACAUCAUGAUUUAUUUAUUGACACUUAUAGUCAGCUUACAAAAAACAUCUAAAAUCUAAACGAUUGAUCAAAUGGUUUCAUUAGAUUUUGUUUAUUUAUUAGUGAUUAUUAAGAAAUCAUUAUUAUUCACAAUUUUAUCAUGUAUUAAAUAAAGUGAAUCAUUCUAAACUGGGUGAUGCAAAUGAGUAAAUCAUAAAUUAUACAAGAAAAAUCUAAGUAUUAUAGUAAUAUCAACAUAGAAUUAUUAAAGUCAAGUAUAAAAUUUUUAACUAGAAUUCAGAGUAGUUAAUCUUCAAACAUCUGUACCUAAAGAGAUUAUAUUGUACCAGUGCAUGAUGAUAUUAACAUUAUUAACACAGUUUUUUAAAUUUAUAUAUUUUUUUAAAUUAUAAAUAAUGUUAAAUUUACUUAUACUUUAAAAUUUUUGAAAUUAUAUAUAUAUAUUAUUGAAUAAAAUUAACAACUGUUUAAGAAUCUUUUUUUUAUUUAUUAUAAAAAAUACGCUCCAUUCAUGUCCAAAUUAACAUUAGGA